AUGGCGAGCGCGCCGAGCGAAAGUCAAGAGCGACAAAAUCCUUCAAAAAUUCCACGCUAUUGUCGAACGCAGAUUCCUGUUUGUAGUCUAUACAAUACAAGAAAACAUUGCGAGAUAUUAAUAAGAAACGUUCGCAAAUUGAAGAAGCACAUGAAGAAAGAUGUAUUGGAAAAGCAAAGAAGCACACUUGGUAUAAGUACAUGUAUGAUAAACACAGCUCAUCAAAACAUCGGUAAUGAAGAAGAAUGCUCAAAGAGUCAGCGAGAACAAGGGACAAGAAAAGUUAUAUUUACUCCUGGUGGAACCAAACGAAAAGGUAUGAAACAUAAUAUUCGGAUGUUGAAACUACUGCUCAUCGAAAAACUGGCUACCAGAAGUUCAAGAUGAAUUUAAAAGAUGCUUUAGAGAAUAUUAUUUCUAAAACCACAGCUUCUGAUUCAAUAAUAAUGGUUGACGAGCUGGUUGACAAAAUUAAAAACAAAUAUUCAGAAGAACAUGGUUUUGAAAGGGGGAAUAUUGUGAACUUCAUAUCAAAGACAUAUGGAAGGAAAGUCGAGUAUAUUGGGAAAAAGAAAAGGUAAAGAUUACUUUUGAUGUCACAAGUUAUACAUAUAACUUAUUUAAUGUAUGAGUUUGAUUAUGGUGCAAUGCUAUUAAGGGUGUGAUACAUUUGCAUGGUUUUACCAUCCACAAUCAUGAAAAUAGUUUAGCCUAAAGGCCCAUUAUUGUUUUUCGUGAUGCAUGUUAAUGAGUUGAUGGGUUAUGAAUGUUUCGAGUACAGUAUGUUUACCGACCUGAACAUUUAUAACUCAUCCACAUGUUCACAUCAAUUAGAAGUGUAAACAGACCUUUACUGCAUGUAUAAUAAAACAUUUUGAUGCAACCUUGAAAGUUUCAAAAUAAAAGCCAUGUAGUAUAUUCCUAUGUAAAGCAAUGUACAGUAGCCCAUACUGUAUAUGUGCUAGUCUCAUUUACCAUAGUUUCUGACAGUGAAAUUAUGCCAGUGAAACUGAUAAAAUUUGCCGAGUUUGUUCCAGAAAUGAUCUGCACACUGUGUAUUGUGUAUAUGAGUAGGGUGUAAAAUUCACCUGAAUGGGGGAUACUCUGUCUAAUUCUCCUCUAUGCUCCUUUACAUGUACAUGGAAUUACAAACUUUUGAAAGUAAAAAUGAUUUGAAAUCUAUUGUAUUUUGGUGUCAAUUUUUUCCUUUUUUCAAGGGCAUAUUAUCGAGGGCUAAUGUUCAUUGAUACUGAUUAAUUGAUUGAAGAAGGUAUUUAUUGUGCUAAAGUUUUUUUUUAUGAAAUUAUUUCAUUUUGGUAUCACCAAAAGCCAUUUAGUGGUAUUACUUUUAGCUAAUCAUUCAGUGCAAAGUGUGUUGCAAGAUUUAGCAGACUAUAUGUCUGGCAGCUUUAAAUACAAUGAUCCAUUUUGUGUUAUUUCAUUCUUUCCAAUGGAAGAUGAUUUUUUCUGAUUCUCACAAAAAGGAAGGUGUUGGGUCUUAUGAUAAUACAAAAACUAUGAAAAUCUUACACACAGUGCCAGCAUUGUAGUUGUGUUAUAUUAACCCUUUACCUAUUGGAGUGCAAGACCCUCCCAUUGGCGAGUAAAAUAGUCCAGCAUUAGACAUAGUAAAAAAAUAAAGUAGGGCGCAUUUGGGUGUAUUGCUGCGUAAGGGGAGAGUCUCACACUUUAAUGGGUUAACAAAACAAUCUGCCAAUGUGUAUUGUUAACCCUUUAAGCAACAAUGCACCUUAUUCUUUCACUCAGCAAUAAGCCACCCCCCCCCCUGUGUCUUUGCAGGGUUUAUUUUAGCGUGCAGUUCUACACAAAAUGUGCAGUUCUAAACCCAUUUGUGCAGUUCUUAGAGCAAAAAUGUGCAGUCACCGAACUAACAAAAAUAGCCUUAAUUAAAACAGUCUUCUCAUUUACUCGUUACCCUUGUGGAUGCUCUAGAAAAUUCCAGAAAUGCUGUCAUUAAUUGAGCAUCACUCCAGACCCUCCUAUUUUCCUCACAAAUCACUUACGUGUUGGGGUAAUAGAAAAGUGGUUGGGUAAAACAAAUCUUUGCCAGAACUUAAGAGCCUCUAGAUUCAAAUUGUUUUGAGGAACACCCUUAGCUCCAGCACUCAAAAUCGAGUUUCUCAGGCCUUUCUCCAAUUCUCCCACCCAACCACACCAUUGUUCUGUCACCUAUAUGCAGGUAAAAAUUCCUUUGUCCUCCAGUCCUCCACCCACCCCCAGUCAAACAUGUGCAGUUCUAAAUUUUUCUUAAAAUAAACCCUGUGUCUCUGUCUAAUGCCAGCCGAUUUUACUCGUCAAGGGGAGAGUCUUGCACUUUGACGGAUUAAACAUAAUAAUUUUUCCCAAAGGAUUACUUUGAUAGUUAAUUGCAUUUAUAAAAUACACAGCCAAAACAAAUGUUGGUAUAUUUAGUUCUCAAUUCUCUUACAGAUAUUAUAGAACAGAAUGAUCGUAUUGUGAGGCCUCGAAGUAAAGUGAGGAGUAGUAUGUAUAUAAAUAAUGACAUAACAAAUGCCCGAGAAAUCAAGUGACAGAAUGCUUCACACACUUGUUACUUUUGCUUAUUGGAUUCUUAUUUGUCCUACAUUGUAAUGCAAAUAUUUGCUUCCUCAAGGGAGUUUUCAUUAUGUAUGGUAUGGAUUACUUGGAGGCAGCAUUCUAUGUCCUAGCAACCUUUAAAUAUGCAAUUUGCUUUUGGCAACAGCAAAAUUCUCAUGACCCUACCAGGAAGAACCAAACCUUAUUGUUUUCCAUCUCCUUCCCUGGCAUACAGUCAAUGAAUACUUCUUGAUUUGGCUUAAUGAUUUCAUUGAUCCCCAAACCAUAAAAGUGUCUAAAGCUAUGGUUCGCAGAAAUGAGGCUAAUGAUGCAAAUAUUUGAAUUUCUGUUGUGCUAAACCUCUGUUAAAAUGACUGUUUCAUUCCAACCUUGAAUGACUGCUACAAUGACACUGUAAGUUUCAACUUUUCUUUCCAGAUCAAUAUUUAUUUUGAUUAUCUUUUACAAAUAUUAUAGGUAUUGAUUAUGAAUGCUUUGAGAAUGUUAGAACAGAUGGGGAAGUUGCUGCACAACUUGUUUCUACAAGUAAUAAUAAUAUUAAUAUAAUAUCAUUUUUCUUGCUCCACGAAAAUCUAAUUCUGAAAAUCUACUUCUAAAUCAACUCAAUGAACAUUCAUGUUUUGUAGGUUCUGAUGAUUUCAUGUGUAUGCAUGAGUUAGUAGUUCAAACAGCAAAUCUGGAAGACGUAAUGGAGUCACCAGGAAAAACAAGUGAUGAAAAAAGUAAAAGUUGUGAUGCAGAUAGUGCCAAGAAAUCCUUGAAUGAAUAUGAUGCUAAUGUUCAAGACAUCAUUAAACUACAAGAGCAUGUAAUAGCAACGCAGCACGAAAUUAUUUCAAGUGGGAGUUUCUUAGGUGGGCUGUUGUCAUUGUCAGAAAAAAAAUGCUUAUUAAAUCUGAAGUAAAUCAAGCGAAGCAAAUAUUCAACCUCAAGAUACGAGAAAACAAGAGGAAAGACAUAAGCGAAGUGUUCAAUCCACUCCUUUUCCAGCAAUUGCUCGUAGAUAUUAAGAAUGCAUGCCCAACCAUAACUGCUGUUCUGGAACUACUUGUACUGACAAAAAAUACGUCACGAAAUGUUUUAAAAACAGAAAAUGUGAAGAUGAAAGCCGCAGUACAUCUUUUGGCGUCAAUGAUGGACAUCCACGAUCAGCAUGGCAACAAUGACAUCCCAUUGCUAUUUGGGCUGCUAUGUCUUUGUUAUGGAGCAGGACCAUCUCUGAUACGAAUGCUGCAAUGCCUUGGUUUGUCCGAAUCAUUUCCCACGCUGUAUGUUUGGAAAUUGGAGACUAAGUAUUCAUUAGUACUGCUUACGCUCAUAUUUUAGGCUAACUCAUACUCAAUGAGAACAGGUUCAAUCUGAGUUUCCCUUGGGUGGCAUUGCCGUUUUUGCACAUAGUAAGGUACGACAAUAACCCUCCAGCUAUUCAAAAAUAUCAAAGACACUCAAGAGAAGCUCAGAUUGAACAUCCACUCAUUGAUUGUGAGUGAGCUUUUAUUGAGCUUUCGUUUAAUGUACAAUUGCUUCGCAAAAUUAAGUAUUUAAAUGCACGUGCGUGGGAUAUCAGACAAACAUGUAUACAUGUAGUAAGGGAUUUUCAGAUUUGCUUCAACUUCCACACCCUUGGGGAAUUUAUUCUAUAACUGUCGUGUCCAUAUAUACCUAACAUGUAAUCUUUUUUUCUGAAGGAUUUCUAUUCUGAAAACUCAGUUGGCGAGUUAUAAAGAAGUAAUUGGCCAGCGUUUAUCCAAUCAGUUACCAGUGAUAACAUAUCAGGAUAACAUGCAAAUUAGUCGCACAUCACUCAGGCAUUUAAGGUUGUCAAAGCUGCAAAAGGAGAAAAUCAAACAAGGAAAGAUGUGGGACUUUACCGUACGUGGGUGGCGAGAAGCAGACAUUACAGGAAUUGAACACCACUUUAAUGAAAAAGAAGCUGUAGAAGCACAGAAACCUGAGUGUAAAAAAAACUUCUAUUCAAGGAUACCAAGAUUGGCAAGUGUUUUCGUUUCCUAG